GUAAUACACGCACGACAGCAGCACUUUGGGGUUUUGAAGACUUGAGAGCCGGCACCAUGUCUCAGUCAUUGCGACCUUACCUCCAAUGCGUGCGCUCCUCCCUAACCUCCGCCCUCUGCCUUUCCAACUUCGCAUCGCAAACUUCUGAACGACACAAUGUCCCCGAAAUCGAAGCGCAGACAUCACCGGAAGUCCUACUGAAUCCCUUAACUGUCGCCCGAAAUGAGAAUGAGCGAGUCCUCAUUGAGCCGAGCAUAAACAGUGUCCGGAUCAGCAUCAAGAUCAAGCAGGCAGAUGAAAUCGAACACAUUUUGGUGCACAAGUUCACGAGAUUCCUUACGCAAAGAGCAGAAGCAUUCUUUAUUCUACGGAGGAAGCCGAUCAAGGGAUAUGAUAUCUCGUUCUUGAUUACGAAUUACCAUACCGAGGAGAUGUUGAAGCAUAAACUGGUGGAUUUCAUCAUACAGUUCAUGGAGGAGGUAGAUAAAGAGAUUUCAGAAAUGAAGCUUUUCCUGAAUGCACGAGCAAGAUUCGUAGCAGAGUCCUUCUUGACACCUUUCGAUUAAGCAUAGCAUUGCAAGAAAAGCGGAUCCGGAUAAUAUGCGUUGGUUGGCUGCUGGCUGUUCGGCCUCGAGUUGAGAACUGGCGUUCAGGUGGCAUAAAAGAAUUUUACAUUGACGAUAAAAUUCGAUGGCUUACGAGAACGCACUUCUCUUGAGGGUGGUCAUGUAGGUCCACACAAGAAUACUGUGAAAUUGGUUCAAGACUUCAAGCAUCAAGUGGUGUAGAUCGACUCCAACCGGAUGGGUCAUUUCAUGGCUAUUCUUCAUGCCCAAUUGAACUUUCAAUACUUGCU